AUGAUCUGCGUAGUGGUGGUAAUUGUCGUCGUCUACCCUUACGUGCAAGAGCUCGACGUCACUUCCUGCAAGACUCCGAGUUCUAACAUAAACGCAACUGCCCUCUUCUCCAACGUGUCCCGCCCUACUGCUCUCCCACUGUCGUCCGCCCUAGGCUCCUACAGGAUCCUCUCCUUGCCCUCGGACCAAGUCAUUAUACGUGCAGUUUACCUUGAUCUCCGCUCUAGAGAAGGCUUCAGAAAUAUCUCGGUGUUUAUGGUUGAGAUUACUAAAACCCUACUGGCACGGAAAGGAGGUGGAAUAGUAGCCUGUGGUACCAGUGAUGCGGUGACCAAAACCCUGAAGAUACGUGUUGUUUUAAACAUUGGCUGGGUUCACAGUAAUCACCCCAGCCUAACCCAUGACAUGGCAAUGAUUGACUGCUUUGGACUGCCUGACACUCCGACUGGGGCUCGUGCCUUCCUCUGGUAUCGUGUCGUAGAUGGUGGAGACCUGUAUCGUGUGGAGUCUGAACAACCUUACUACAUACCGACUCCAAGAAACACAAAGAAUAAGACUGUAGUAUGUAUGGCUGUUCUAUAUAACACUCCCCCAUACUUGAUAGAGUUCCUGCGAUACUACAAGCACCUUGGUGUGGACCACGUCUACAUGGUGGCAGACGACAGCAUUGUGCAGACGGCUGCACUUGAAACUGAUGGAUUCGUCCAAGAGGCACUGAGAGAGGGGUUCGUAUCGUUCUCUUUCUGGCACAAGUGGCUCACAAACAAAAUGAUAUUUUACUCAUCACAGAUGCUUGCCUAUGAAAAUUGCAUCUACAGGUUCCAGGGGACAUACGAGUAUGCCUUGCUCGUCGAUUCAGACGACCAUUUCAUUCCCCGUGUCCAAGACCAGAAGAAGUUGGAUUACUACAUCGAGCGUUUCUGCAAAGUUGGGGCGUGUACUUUCAAGUGGAUUGAGUACUUUCCAGACUGUGGCCAGGACUGGAGCAGACUUGGUCCUCAUGGGAACGUCACCAACACGAUUUUGUCCAACAGGUCGCAAGAAUUUGAAUAUCACACGGGAAAAUCUCUCUACAAACUCUCGGCAGCACUGGAUGCCGGGAUUCACACCCCUCUGAAACUGAUAAAGGGGUAUAAAUGUAGCAAAGUGCCUUCUAACAUAGCCUAUGUGGCCCACAUCAGGAAACAUAGAGCACCUCCUGGAGGUAUGAAGUUCUGCUGA